CUAAAUAAAUAAAUAAAAUUAGUGACGGUUCCUUAUGAAGUCAAGCAGGCAUCAAUCAGUUGUCUCUUUGCCCUCUCAUCUUCUCCUCAACCAGUGUGUAUUAUAUAAAAUCGUAAUUCUCUCACCUUCACCUUCUGGACCCUUCUAAUCAAUACUAUCAUAAUAAUAUUAUUUCUACGUUUCCUGUCAUCAAUUUGUGACUCUGCAAAACUCAUUUCCAAUGGCGUCGUCGGAUCUGGAGAGUAGGGCUAAAGAAGCCUUCAUCGAUGACCACUUCGAGCUUGCCGUUGACCUAUACUCUCAAGCCAUCGCCGUCAACCCCAAGAGCGCCGAGCUCUUUGCUGAUCGUGCUCAGGCUAACAUCAAACUCUCCAACUUCACUGAAGCUGUUGCGGAUGCAAACAAAGCCAUUGAGUUGGACCCUUCAAUGGCCAAAGCAUAUUUGCGGAAAGGCAUGGCCUGCUUAAAGCUUGAGGAAUACCAGACUGCCAAGGCAGCUCUCGAAUUGGGUGCUUCGAUCCUACCUGGGGACUCAAGAUUCACCAAGUUAAUUAAAGAAUGUGAGGAGCGUAUUGCAGAGGAAGAGGGAGAGGUGGUGAAUUCUGCAACAGUUGUUGAUAAAGCCGUCGCAAGUUCAAAAGCUGCUGAACCAGAUACAGUUGUUUCUAGCCAGGCUACUUCUUUGUCACAUUCAAAACCAAAAUACAGGCAUGAGUUUUAUCAGAAACCAGAGGAAGUAGUUGUAACCAUAUUCGCAAAGGGUGUUCCCUCAAAAAAUGUGACUGUGGACUAUGGCGAACAAAUACUUAGUGUUACUAUAGAGAAGCCUGGUGAAGAGGUUUAUUCAUUUCAACCUCGGCUUUUUGGAAAGAUAAUUCCGGAGAAGUGUAGACAUGAAGUUCUUUCCACAAAAGUUGAAAUCCGUCUUUCAAAAGCUGAACCCGUACAGUGGACAUCUCUCGAGUAUAACCGGGACAAUGUGGCUGUACAGAGGAUCAAUGUUCCAUCAGGCCACAGACCAGCUUACCCUUCCUCCAAGGCAAAAACUAAAGAUUGGGACAAAUUAGAGGCUCAAGUGAAAAAGGAGGAAAAAGAUGAGAAACUUGAUGGUGAUGCUGCUCUUAACAAAUUUUUCCGCGACAUUUACAAAGAUGCUGAUGAGGAUGCCAGACGGGCCAUGAUGAAAUCUUUUGUAAGAUUUUCUUUGUCAGAUUCUUUUGGAUCUCAUAACUCAAUUUGUUAACCAGUCGAAGUAUUACUUUCGUGACCAAUUACUAAUAUGAAUGUCGUCUUGGAGUUGUUCAUCUUUUUCAUGCGUGAAGGGUGUGUGUAUGAGUUCGUCUUUUUUACCCGUUAGUAAUUGUUAAACAUUGUGUCACAGGUUGAGUCAAAUGGCACAGUUUUAUCAACUAACUGGAAAGAAGUUGGUACCAAGAAGGUUGAGGGGAGUCCCCCAGAUGGCAUGGAAUUGAAGAAAUGGGAGUAUUGAGAUCUACGUUAAUGUUGUUUUGGCAAUUUUAUGCUUAGCUGGCUGUUCCGUUUUGUCUUCUCGUGUUCCUUUGACUGUGAAAUAUCUAGAAAGUGUAAGGGGAUGGACGUGGAAGUUUGUUUAAAACUUUUGGAUCGUCUUGAAAACUCAAGGGCAAACUCCAGCAUUUUGAUACUAUUUCGCUUAUUGGAUUCAUUAGGAUAUUCUCGCCAUCUGUUAGCCUACAUUAUGAUUUCUGAUGCAUGAUUCUACCAAACUUAUAUGCUGGAUUCGGUUUGUGUGUGUUAUUUUCCCUGGGAAUACUGAAUCAGCAGCCCAGGACGAUGCGAGCUUAGAGUGAAGUUUUUCAGUUUUUCCGGUUAAAAUUCAUUAUGUUUAUUUGUCAAAACUGCUUUAUGUUGACCAAUUCAUUAUGUUUACUUGUCAAAACUGCACUAUGUUGACCAAUAUAUACUGCAUCUACUCAACUGAUUCACUCCACAUAAAUACUGCCUCUGCCCAGUUGAUUAGGUUGAAUAGAAAGCAUUAGCUUGAUGAUGGACUUAUUGUAGUUCAAAUGUGCAACGUUGUCGAUGUAAAUGAUAGAUCGAAAAAAAUCUGUAAAUAUUACCUUCUCCUCCAUGGAGGAAAAAUGUGUUUGUUGCACUAUUCAGGAGAC